UUUUGUAAUAAAGCAAAAGGCAGGAAUAAAUGAAACAAGAAAGGAAAGAGAGAAGAAACAUAUAUGCAAAGUUUCUGAACCCUUCCCUCUAUAAAAUUGUUUUAAGAUCAUAGGCUUAAGUUUGUUCAACCUCAUCAAGAAAGCGAAGAGAAGUCUCAAAGCUUUUGUUCGGAAACAUGACAAAGUGAAGAGAUCGAGAAAGUAAAAGAGAAAAAGAAAGGAAUCCCUUUUUCCUUUGUGGCAUGAAUUGAAGUGUUUUUACAGAUAGAGCUCAUCAGUGCACCAAAUGAUGGCUCAAAACCCUAACCGGUGGAGCAUGCAUCCACCAUCUCUCUUUCCUCAAUAUGCGCUUCCUUUGAACCCUUUGCCAGAUGACCAAGAGCAUCCACAGUCAUGGAGCCAACUACUACUAGGAGGAUUGUCGGCAGGCGACGAAGAUAAGUUUCUUAUGAAUAAUUUUCAACCUAAAAGGUUAGAGAAUUGGGAGGAUCACCAAAUCUUAAAUAAUCCAUCUCCAAGGGUUCCCGUUAUUGAUGCAAUAAAGCAAGAAGUUUCCCAAAACAGCAAUUUGUACAGUCACGGAGAUGAAGAUUUUCAGGCACCUAGAUCUGCUUGGUCCCAAAUGAUGCCAGUUUCUUCCCCUAGCUCUUGUGUUACCAGUUUCAGGAAUAAUAAUAAUAAUAAUAAUUUAUUCGACUUCUCUUAUAACAAGGUGGAUGGAAGGAAUAUUGAACAUCCAGAUCAGUCAUCUGAUCAGGUUAGUAGCACAGCCAGUGGUGGGGUACCUAAGAAGGCUAAGCUUCUGUCCUCUUCAAGCCAACCACCUCUAAAGGUCAGAAAGGAGAAGCUAGGUGAUAGAAUAACAGCCCUUCACCAGAUGGUUUCCCCAUUUGGAAAGACUGACACUGCUUCUGUCUUGCUAGAAGCCUUUGGGUAUAUCAGAUUCCUUGUGGGUCAAAUUGAGGCCCUCAGCUCCCCUUACCUGGGUAACGAAUCAAAAAACACAAGGAACCAGCAGUCUGUUCAAGGAGAAAGAAGCUGUGCAUUUCCUGAAGACUCCGGACAGCUGUUGAAUGAGACCUGCCUGAAAAGGAAGGGAGCUUCUAACCAGGAUCCCCAAGAAAAACCAAAGGACCUAGCGAGUAGAGGGUUGUGCUUGGUUCCUGUGUCUUGCACUCAGCAUGUAGGAAAUGACAGUGGACCUGACUAUUGGGCUCCGGCUUACGGGACUAGUGGGUUUUGACAAAUUAAGCAGCCUGAGCUGGAGCAUGCAUGCAUGGAAUCACAUAAUAUCAUGAGCAGUCACUCUGCAGUAAUCUAAGGCUGAGUGCUCAUGAUGCUAUGCAUUCUCAAUUAAUUCCAUGUAUCAACCAUUUAAUUGCUCGAUUUCUAAUUUCAGAUAAUCAAGCUUGUAUCUUCUUUUUCCCCUUUAAGCCAUAUAUGAUACAAAGCUAGCUUCAUAUGCGCGAAUUGCUAGUCCAAACGAGUAAUUUUAGAAGUCAUUCUUUUGUCA